AUGUCGUCCACCAACCCCCUCACCAUACAGAAGCAACGGGCCGGCUCAGGCUCUCCCGGAAAAUCCACACUAUAUCUCAUCCACGACGGCAGCGGAACUGUUGCUAACUACACCAAGCUGGAAAAGCUUGAAUACGAUGUCUACGGAAUCCAAGAUCCUAAGUUUAUGACAUCGCAGCCAUGGACUGGCGGCAUUGUCGAGAUGGCCAGACACUACGCCUCGCUAAUUCAAAAGACUACGCCCUGUGGUAGAAUCGUUCUAGGAGGAUGGUCAUUUGGCGGCUUGGUAGCAGUCCAGGUGGCAUACGAACUGCGGAACCACCAGACGCUGGAGGUCCAGGGUCUCAUUCUCAUGGAGGUGAUCUAUCCGUCCGUCGGACAAGCUGAGGACGACGGAAGUGCUUGGCCAGGCCUCAGCGCUAUCCGCAGCUUCGCAGUUCGAGACCGAGUCACCAAGUCCGUCAAGCAAAGUGGAUCCAUGAUGAAUGCUUGGAAGCCCCCGCGCUGGGACCUGGCGGCUGAUUCAGGAUCCCAGGAAGGCAAGAUACCGGCGGUCGUCCUACUCAGGGCGAAAGGACAGGAAGUUUCCGAGAACCCGCACGCCUUGCGAUUCAACGCCCUAAGAAAGCAGCGGUUUCUGGGAUGGGAGGACUACCGAAGCGACUUCGUCACGAAGCUGUUCGAUAUUGAAGGGUCGCAUUUGACCCUAUUCGAAAAAGAGCACAUCCCGUCCCUGACUGCAACCAUGAAAGUUGCUCUCGAGUUCUUGGAGUCGCGAUGA